CUGGCAGUCGAGAAAGUCCCUCUUUUUGCCGUGUUUGGAAAUUUAAACCAUGGGGCUCCAAUGGAUGUGGUCAUUGAUCUUGAUGGUGGACCUUCUCCAUGUGGCUAUGUCAAUGUCUACGUGCAAGGCAGUGGACAUGGAACAGGUGAAGAACAGGAGGAUCGAAGCCAUUAGAGGGCAAAUUCUUAGUAAACUGAAGCUCACUGAACCUCCAGAUGUAGAGAGCGACGAGCUGACAGUCCCCAAGGAGGUCAUGUCUAUUUACAAUAGCACUGUGGACACCAUUAACGAAAAAAUAAAGAAGGAAAAGCCGGUUGUGGAGGAAUAUUAUUCCAAACAGGUUGAAAUGAUUGAGAUGAUCAAGAAAGAUUCUCCGGAGGGUAAUCCCAGCAACAAUGAAUUCAUAUUUACCUUCAGCGCGGCCCGGGUAAGGCAGAUUGUGGUAACCAAUGAAAUGCUGCACCAGGCUGAACUGCGAAUAUUUCGGAAAAAGUCGACAAGAGCGACACAGAGAACAGAGAUCAGAGUGGAGCUGCACAGGGUUGACAGCAACGUCUCCUCUCGAUAUCUUGAUAGCAUGUAUUUGUGGCCAACAGAUGAUGAGGAAUGGAUUUCAUUUGAUGUGACAGAGUCUGUGAAGCGAUGGCUGACCAACACAGAUGAGAAUCAAAGUUUCAAACUACAAAUGCCUUGUUCUUGUUCGGAUAUUAAGAAUGAACAAAUUCUGGAAAUUGGUGGGUUCUCGAAUAAACGAGGAGACAUGCAAGAGCUCGCCUCGAAUGAAUUUCCUCCCUACCUCCUAAUCACGUACACCCCAGAGGGGCGAAUGGAGCAGACUCCCAACACCCGCCGCAAGAGAGCGGUGGAUGAGGAAUUCUGCCGCACGAACAGUGGAAAGAACUGCUGUGUAAAACCCCUUACUAUUAACUUCCGCAAGGAUCUUGGCUGGAAAUGGAUUCAUGCACCUAAAGAAUAUGAAGCCAAUUAUUGUUUAGGAAGUUGUCCAUUUAUUUGGAGCAUGGACAAACAGUACAGCAAGGUCCUGGCUCUCUAUAAUCAGAACAAUCCAGGUGCCUCUAUCUCUCCAUGCUGUGUACCGGAUGUUUUGGAACCACUCCCUAUUAUCUACUACGUUGGCAGAACAGCAAAAGUGGAGAAACUGUCAAACAUGGUGGUCCGAUCUUGUCAGUGCAGCUGAGACUUAACACUGGAGGACAGAAGUUAAGGAAACAACACGGUACUGGACUUUGCCACAACCAACGUUAGACAGAGACCUGUGGUCAGCACUUGCCCUUGCACCCUGUGAUUGAACAUUCAUAUCUUAGGUCAAAAGAUACUUUCUCUCUUGCCCUUUUAGUGUGCUUGGGUUCAAAGACCUGCAGAUACUAUUCCUGCUAAGUACAAAGAGCUGCACGGCAACAACACCAGUACUUACACAGUAACUCACCAUUUUCCCUCAAAGCUUGGUACCUCUGAAGAGCCAUGCCCUUUUACUCCCUUUGGUAUAUAAACUACAGUCAAAACAAGUUAUAUGUCAUUGGGAAACACCAAAGCUAAACUGGAAUUCACAAGCCUGGUAAGCUUACCAAGUCACAUUUAGGUUCUUGGACAAGCAAAGAAAAUUCAAGAAUGUUUCCUCAUCCACUAUGGCUCUGUUUCUCUUCUGCUGGCUGUGCCAGCUUGGUAGAGUGGUGGACAUCAAGCCCUGAUGAUAUAUCAGCCAUUACCAAGACCAUGAACUAAGGAGUGGUGGAGGGUGUUCAGCACA